AUGAGAUCUUUGUCAGGUAUUCUUGUAAUGUUUACAUCAUCCCCACCAUUAAAUCCAUCCUCAUUCAAUUUAAAUAACUUUUUUAAAAGUGUUUCUCAAACUACAAUGAGCUCUGGUUCUCCAUCUGGAUCACCUUCAAACUCACAAAUUUCACCUAUCAAUCAACAAAGUCCUCAGGACCAAAAUAAUACUAAUCAAUUUAUGGCUGCUUUAGCAUCAUUAUCUAAUAUUAAUAGUAAUCAAAAUUGUGUAAAUACUAAAGAUAUUAAUAUGAAUCCAUUGAUAAAUGGUUUUAAUAUAGGAUUAAAUCAACAACCAUCUCCUAUGAUAUUAAAUAAUCAGGCAUUUUUUGCUCAAAUUCUCCAAAAUAGUAUGGGUAAUCCAAUGGCUAUGAAUUUUUUUCAGCAAAUGCUUAUGAAUAAUAAUAAUAGUAAUAAUGAUAAUAAAAGUUCAUCACCCUUCAAUCAAUCCCAUGGUGUAAAAAGAUCAUUUGAUAAUAUUUCUAAAUCACCUUCCAGUCCACCACAAAAUGUAGAAUUAUUAAAUUAUAUGAAAGAAAUAACUUUUACAAAACCAAAUGGAAUGAUUCAAUGUAACAUUUGCCAUGCUGAAUAUGGUAAUAUAAAAGAUAUAUAUAAACAUAUUCUGGAAGAAAAAAGUAAAAUGAAUAAUUUGUAUAAAUCUUUUUCAACAACUAAACAAAUUAUAGGAAAUGUUAUUGAAAAUAAUAGUCAUUCACCAAUAGAUCUUCAACAAGAAUCUAGAUUUAAAAGAUAUGAAAAUUCUAUUGAUAGUAUUAAAAAGAAUCAAAAAAAUAGGUAUAAACAGAGGGGUAUUUUGAAGUCACAACCCCUUGUACCAAGAUCUCCAUCAACAACUAUUUCAAGUCCAUAUCAUAAUGGUAGAAUUUCAGAGGGUGGAUGUAGUGAUUCACCAAGUCGAUCAUCAACAUCAAGUACUGGAGAUGUAUCAAAAGAAAGUCAUGAUGAGAAUAGUAUUAAAAAAUUUAGAAUAACUGAUAAUUGUUGUAAAAAAUGUAACAAAAUAACAGAAUAUCUUUGUAUUAAUAUGAAUCUUCGUCAUCCAAUAUGUAAAGAAUGUUUUGAUACUUAUAAUAAAGAAAAAAAUAUAAAGGAUAAUGAAGGAGAUAGUGAGAAUUUUGAUGUUGGUAUAAGUUCAGAGAUUACUGAAAAUGGUAAAGAAUUUGUUUUGAUAGGUAACAAAGUACAAUGA